GUUUUUUCUCACUUCAUUAUACAUAUUCACUGAAGAGUGUAUUUGCAUGUCUGUUCAUCUAGCUCUCUUGCUUUUGCCAUUUGUGUCUUUCAAAUUUGUGAAGAGCGAUUUAUACAGUGGCAAAUGCGAGUGCAAAAAUGAGCACGAAUGAGCUGCUGAAAAUUGCCAGGGAGUUCCGCAAAACCCUACGGCCUCAGGACAAAGAGACGUUUGAGACGAGUAGCUACAACGACGUACUACAAGAUGUUAACGAUAUUCAAUCGCAGCGUGAAUUGACCAAAACAAUGAUUAAUAUGAAGAGGAUACAACCUUUUCUCAUAGGCAUGGUCAAUCUAGAAAAAAUAUUAGUUGCCAUCAAAUUUCAGCAGGUCUCAGAUGUCAUGGCUUGUGUUUGGGGCUCGAUCCGAUUCCUCUUAAAGACAACCAAUCUUACGGAGCGAGAAAUUGACAACUUGCUCGACGCGUACGAGAAAUUAGGAGACAAAAUACCUCCUUUGUAUGAAUAUGCGCCUCUUUUUAUUGGGUUUACGGAGAGCGAAUUAUGCUUGGUACAUAUCUAUCGCGAUGUCUCGACUUUCCAUCAGAAUUCGUACAAGCUCUUUUCGCUUCGGUCUAGUUUAUGCCUAAAACUAUAUAAACCCACUUGGAAGGCAUUAAAUGAUACAAUUAAACACCUAGAAGACUCCUUGGAACGACAUGGGCAAUUCAUACAAGACCAUGGAUCACCUUUCCGAAAUCCUCUAGCGAGUCUGGAUAUCGGCAGCGAACUAUUAUUUGAAGAAUCUGAGCCUUAUACUACCCAAAAUUGGGGUAGACUGAGUUUGGAACUACAUAAUUAUGACGACAGUGUAAUAAAGCAUCAAGAUGAUUUUGGUGAGAAAGAGAAUUUAAAGAAAGAAGAGAUGAAAACCAAAGUAUUGGAAUGGAUUUCAGCUUCGAAAGAGACGAAUUCUCUUCACAAGAGAUUUCAAGAUACAAGAAUUUGUCCUGAUACCGGUCGCUGGCUGUUUAAAAAAUACAGUGAAGUCACUGAUUGGAUGAACGAAGACCUGCCACCAGAAUCUGCAAUUUGGCUCCACGGUAGCAGAGGAUAUGGUAAGACUAUAUUGGCUUCAAUUAUAAUAGACGAAUUGCAUUCACGGAAAAAUCGCAAGGCCAUUGAUUCGGAAAGCAAGAUCUAUUACUUCUACUGCCAAGAAGCAGACGCUGAUCACCGCACUCAUCUCGGGAUUCUAAAAGGAAUUCUCUAUCAGAUGGUGGAUACUAACGAUUAUCUUUUACCCUACUGCGCCGAUAAAGCCGAAUCCGGUGGAAGCACCACUUUGGCACAUGUCGACGUUGCUCAAGCUCUCAUCGAGGCAUUCUUUGAAUACAAUUCCAGGCAAUAUGUUGUGAUUGAUGGGCUUGAUGAGUGCGAAACAGGCGAAGAAAUGCGUAAAAUAGCAAAUUUCUUCAUGAAACAAGUUUCGAAAUGUGACAAUGAUAUUAAGCAAGGUCAGUUAAGAGUGCUUUUUAUGAGCCAGAAGACACCGGAACUAGAAAAAGACCACGUUAUGCCGGAAGAGGAUGGCCGCAUACAGCUUAAGUCGACCGACAACGCAGAGGAUAUUAGAGCCUAUGUGAAAGCGAGGAUUCCAGAAUUCUCAAAAACACGUGGUACUAGGAGCGGUUUUAAUCUCUCUGAAGCCGAUGAAGACCAAAUUGUAAGCAUUGUUUGCGGUCGAAGCGAAGAAAUGUUUCUCUAUGCUCAUUUAGCUAUUGAGUACCUUUUGCAGCAACCAACGAAAGGCAGGCUUCUACAGAAGGCAAAAGGAGAGAUGCUGCCAGAGACACUCAGACAAAUUUACGAAAAGCUUUUGGGAGCUGUGAGAGAUGAGCUAUUACAGCUUGAAGAUGGUGAGGAGCACUGGAAGAUGGCCAAGCUUCUUCUCGGCUGGCUGGUUUGCGCAAAACGACCCCUAAAAUGGAACGAGAUGCAGUCAAUUCUAUCCUAUGAGCCAGAAAGGCAAAAAGUAGAUUUUGACAACGAAAUGUUACGACAAGAGGCCGAAAAAUAUUUGGGAUCACUAGUCCAUAUCUUAGAUGGUGGUCACAUUCGAAUUAUUCACUCCACAGCACGACGCUAUAUCGUUAACAAUGCACAUAUAAAUGCACAAGAAACCCAAUGCCAACUUACUGUACUUUGCCUAAGAUACUUAUGCCUUCUAACCACUUCCGAUCUUGAUCCAAAUGAAGAAGAGCACUUAAAGAAAGUAAGGCACGGAUGGUUCGCUUUCCAGGAUUACGCCUGUUCUCAGUGGCAUAGUCAUGUUGAUACGGUAAUAAAAGCGUGCAAAGAUCUCUUCUGUAGCAGUACUUAUAACGGUCAGCAUACAGAGAGUUUUGGCUCUGCUUUGCAGAACUUUAUCGACACUCAUCGCGAAUAUCUCACUACAGAGCUGCACUCGGAUCUUGCUAGAGACUUACCUGCUGAAUUGAAAGAAUACUCAGGACUCUCAUUUUACGAUAAUCUUUGCCUCUUGUGGAACCACAUAUAUACGCAUCAAAAGAGCGCAUAUGAUAUACGAAACACAGUCGGUAUAGCUCGUAUAGAAGCAGCUCUACUGCGGAAUAGGAGCACCCUGGAAACUCUCACACCUGCCUCACAAGCCGUCAACAAUGAUACUAUAGCAGACUAUUAUGGUCCCAAUCUAUUCAAGUGUAAGCGCGUGCUAUGUAAAUUCUUUUACAUAGGAUACGAAAAGAAAGAUGAUCGCGAAGCUCACAACAGUCGCCACGACAGGCCAUACCAGUGUCCAGCACAAUGUAAUCUGGCGCCUCUUGGCUUCUCCAACAAGAAAGACUGGGAAAGGCAUAUGCGACACUAUCACCCACAUUUGAGCGAAGGGCCAUCAAUUUUCGAGGCUUUGCGGCACAGGACUGGGCCAACUGAGUUCAAAUGCAGUCUUUGCGGCAAGCAGUUCACCCGAAAAAUAACACUUCAGGGUCACGAAAGAAGCCACUUUGGUGAGCGCCCAUAUAAGUGCUCACAUGAAGGCUGCACCAAGGCAUUUGCGAGAUUAAACGAUUGCCAAAGGCAUUGGAAGAUACAUUCGAGGAGGCAGGGGAGAUAAGUAGGUUGUAGUUAUUUAUAUUUAUUCUAAGACUAUGUAUUGGUAUUGAGCUCUUCGGUCUACCGCCCAAUUCUGCCCUCCAAGACGACAUCUCGGCUUUCAAUAUUGUCCCACAACUUCAUAUCUCUAAAAGUGACCAAUCCAACUCUUCUAUAUAAUCCAGUACCGACUUCUACUACAAGCAAACCUAUGCCAUGCUCAAGGCCUCCUUCUAACUUGAACGUACCCAAUAGCAAGUAUUGUGCCAUUUCAAUGGGUGAUCCGUUUUGACCAAUCUCUG